AAGGAGGCUGAAGAGUUCUGUGAGGCUACAGCUCCAUCUAGAGGAGUCCAGGCUGCUUCCUGCUCUGAACACAAAUCCAACAUGGCUGCUCCCAUGUAGACGUGUGUUGUGCUGCUGCUUGUAACUGCAGGACAUGAAGAAGCUCAGGCACCAUGGAUGCCAAAGAAGUGGUCCGCUGUGCUGUGCAGAUAGAGAGAUCCGCAGCAGACAGGAGCUACGGGGACGUCUCGACCCUCCUCGGUGACCUCGUUAAGCUGCGGGUCACAGCGGAGCAGCUGGAGACGACGGACAUCGUCAGAGUCCUCUACAGGCUCCUGAAGUCCUGCCCCGACCACGGCGUGAAGAGGGCGGCAAAGGGCUUGCUGUCGAAGUGGAAGAGGGAGUACGGCAGAGAUAGACGAGGUCAGAGGGAGGGUCCCGGGGUUUCUGAGCAGGGGGAUUCCCACGCUGAUCCAGAGCCGCCGUGUGACAGGAGGGAGGACAGCGUGAAGUGUGAAGACGGGGCUCAAAAUGGCCUCCAGACUCCUCCUCCCCCUGCAGAGAGCUCAUCUCCGUCCUGCAGCUUCUCCUCUGUCAGAUCUAAAUGUGUCCAGCUCCUCCUUGCCGCCCUCUGCCCCGAGCCUCCUGACCAGGACGAGGCGGCAGAGCUGGCUAAAAACAUCGAGCAGCACAUCCACCAGCUCCACACCUGCAGCCAGAUCAGGUACAAAGCCUGUGUGAGGAGCAAGGUGGCCAACUUGAGGAACCCUAAGAACAAACACCUCCGUCGGGGCCUCCUGAGUGGCUCGCUGGCCCCCGAGACCUUCGCCCGGAUGUCGGCGGAGGAGAUGGCGAGCGCCGAGCUGCGGCGGCUGAGGGAGGAGUACUCGUCCCGCGGCGUGAGCGAGAGGCAGCUGCCCCGAGGGGUGGAGGGGACACGGACGCAGAAGAUCCGCUGUGAAAGGUGCGGGGGGUCGGACUGCGAGGUGACGCAGGUGUCCAGGGGGGCCCUGUUCCUGCCGGCGUGGGUGAGGCGGGGCGGCCCCGACGAGGACGCCAUGACUUUUGUGACCUGCAGCCGGUGCGGGCAGCAGUGGUACCACAGCGGCUGGAACUGCCUCUGAAAACCCAGUGACCCAGUUAACAGAACAUCUAAUGAUACUGGACCCAACGGGAGGGUUAAAGAUGUCAGAGGACAGUUUUCAGUACUUUCUGACAGCCGCUCAUCCACGAGAAGAUGCUCGCUUUCUUUUUGUAGAGCGAUACAGAAAGACAGUAGUUCCCACAUGAACCUGCUCACUGCGAGGACUGUGGAUAAUCUUCAGUAUCUGGGUCAUAAUUUUAUAAAACACUUUCUUUUCCCACCGUCCUUCUGCCCAAGUUGAAAUUUAUCCUGUUUCUUUUGUCUGAACGGUCCAAAACCUCGAAAUACUCACUGCUCCUCAUAAAAUACAUGAAAAAUACAGCAAAUAUUCAUAUUUCUAUCACAAAUAUACAAUAAAUUCAACAAAUAUUUGCUUUAUAAUCAUAAAUAUACCAAAUAUUUAGUUUUCUAUCAUAAAAUACAUUUAAAAAACAGCACGUAUUGACUUUUCUUUUAUAAAUAUACCAUAAAUUGAGCAAAUAUUCACUUAUCCGUAAAAAAAUACAUCGAAACUAAAGAAAUAUUCACUUUUCUAUCAUAAAUAUACAAAAAAAUACAGCAAACAUUCACUUUGAGCAGCUGUAACUGGUGCAUUUUCAGCAUUUUCAAUUGAUUUAAUGAAAUAAAACUGUCAUUGUUGCUGAAGAAUCUUUUUCAGCCGAUUGAUGACGAAUCACUGAAAUCA